AAACUCGUCAUUCGCCGAGCUGCAAGGGGGAGAUUAUUCUUAUCGCUACUCCUGUACAACAGUGGUAUUCGUCCGUGUCGAGGUCUGAAAGUAGAAAGUCAGACAGUUUGACCCAGUUUUCUAAGUGAUCAUUCGCUAUUAGAAAAAGUUCCUGUCUGGACGUGGUCUUCAAACCCAGACUAGAUCUAUCUGCUGAAAUAAGCGUACAAAACCAAUGGAUUCUGUUAAUGUUUAUUUCUGGACCUUGGAUACGUUUUCUGGAUAGUUUUUAUGUGAAAUAUUGUGAAAUAUAAAAAAAAACUAGAUCUAGGUUCUAGUAAAGUAGAUCUCUAGACUCCUAUUAGUCCUAUAUUGAGAAUCUUGAUCUAGAAUUACAAACUGCAAAACGGUCUUAAAACAUUAGACCUAGAUCUAGAUCUACAAUCUACAUCUAUAAUCUACUAGGCCUUGUUUUGACUUGUGGCCGUCUGGGACAUUGCUAUGCAGCGUUUGGUUGAAUUCUGAAAACUUAUUUUCAACAAUUUCCUGGCCUAGGACGUCUCUACAAUUCUAGACUAACCUAUCAUCUAUAGGACUGGUUGUUCUGAGUAGCAGAUACAGAGGCGAUCAAUCAGUUUGAAGGAUGAUGUCAAUGUUAUGACAGGCUCUGUUUGUGAAAGUCUUGUGUGUCACUGGAUGUAAAAGUCUGGUGACACUCUUGUGUCAACUGACAGGAACACUUGCUUACACUGGACGUAAUACAAUUGCUUCCAAGCCUGGUUGUUACAGGAGUUUCUCAGUUGUCUAUUGGGAUCUAACUUGGAUCGCUGACCAUGGCUAUCAUCAACUCAUUUCUGUGUUGGUCAAACACAAGGACAGGCACUGCUGUCUGUGGCUAUUACACUCUGAUCAUAUCUGUUGUCUGUUUGGCUCUCUACAUGUUAAGAUACAUUGCACUGGAUGAUCUCAAAGAUUCUAUUGAAUUGAAAGGUAUUGUGUAUGUUGGCUUUGUGCUGUACUCCUUCCUAAUCGGCGUCUCCUUGAUAUUGCUGCCAGGUGUUUACAUGGACCGCAGGUUUUUGUUACUGCCCUGGAUUUACGUUCUCGUCAUUACAGUGCUGUAUGAAACAGGGGCGAUAGCUCUUGUCACAACGGUCCAUCUCGAACAGGAUCAUACACUGGAUGUAUGGGAAAUAGUAGCUGUGGUAUUCUACUGCCUAAGGCUAAUAGCAAAUUGUUACUGUUUUGCUUGUGUGGUUUCACAGUAUCAGGAACUAUCUGAAGGAAGAGGAACAUACGAAUAUUUAUUUAAACCUUGGCGAAGACAGAUGAUGGCUCCUCACCUGAAUGACUUUGAAGAGUAUAAUCCUCCAUAUGGCGCCACUCUUCCACCUUACAGUGAGGAGAAUCCAUUUAAAGAGUUUUCACCACCCAACUAUGAGAACUUAGAGCUGCAAGAUGGUGAGCAAAGGCGACCUUUGCAGUCCAUAGACAAUGAUGCAGUGACCCCUCAAACAACAACAGUUGUUCUUGAGGCCCACAGAACUAGUUCUUCGUUAAACCUUGGCCCAGAUUAUUUCAUGGAGGUGUCACCUAUUGGCUGUGAUGGACUAUCCAUCUCUAGCAGCAUGCUUGAUAGCUAUGGCUAUGAUUUCAGAGACUACAAUUGUGAAUAUGAGUUCAAUAGCUUUGACUUAACCGGCCAUGACACAUUAAACAGCCGGUCGUCUCUUCCGAGAACCGUUGACCACUCUCGGUCUUCUAGUCUUUCAUGUGACUCUGGUCACUUCAGCCUCUACAGCCACCACCGACAGCAUUCCAGGUCAUUGAAUGACAGUAGCAUUGCAAUGACCUCCUCCUCAGGACACAUUUCUAACAGUGCCAGUGACAAUAGCUACCAUUCUUACAUGACCCCAAAGUCAAGUCGACCAAAACGAGCACCUUCAUCGCCUCUAGUCAUUCACAAGAGAACAUACAUCACCUGGAUUUAAAUGCUAGGGAUGUAAUAAACUCUUAUUUGUCCUCAAUCAUUCCUACAGAGCCUUAAGACUAAUGAGUUCUAAAUUGAAAAUAUUUUUCAUGUGCUAAAUGCUGUACAUGCUGCAGCUUAAAAGUAAUAAUAUUUCAUUAUGGAUACAACUUGCCAUUGGAUACACUAUUCUGUGAUUAAACUACGGAAGCCCAAACGUUCAUGUGACAGUGUCUCAAGAUUUAUAAUAAUUAUAAUGAAAAUAUGAAAUAGAUUGAUAUUUAAUGUAUGAAUGAAAAAGAAGGUUAAGCUAAAAUCUUCUUUCUGAUACUUAUACAUUUUGAGAUUUUCUCGUUUGACUGUCACAUUACCUCUGCGUAAAUUCUUUCUACAACUUCUACUAUUCACUGUUUCUCAGUAAGUUUUUGUGUUGUCUUCCUACUUGUAUAUAUGUUUACAUGUGAAACUUUCUUUUUUUUUUCUUCAAGUACGAUUGACUCUCUUACUGACUUGUCCUAUUAAUAUACAUAUGACUAUCUACUCCUGUGAUAUUGUAGAAAGACAUAGUUUGUGUGAAUAUUUUAUUCACUCACAGGCUUAUAUUGUUUUAAACAUGAACAGCUCAAUGAUAUAAUUGGCUAGCUGGUUUACAUGUAUGCAUGUUCCAAUGAAUGUAUUGCCUUUAUUCUCUUUAUCUAUUGUUUGUAAGUGCUCUUUAGAGUGGAAUAGUGUCUUAUGAAAUCCAUAUCUCACCAAAAAAUUUGAACUUGGAACUUUUGGCUCCAAUGAUUUUGUAUACAUGGUAUAGUCUUAAUUUUUUCUUAUUGAAAUAUUUAAAUAUGAUAAAAUAAAGCUUUGUUGUUCUUUGAAUAUUGAGGAAGAUGUCAAAUUUAUUCAGGUGAUCUCUUCAUCAUCUGUCCCUUAAUUCCAUCACUGGGGUGCAGUGAUAGUUUAGAUAACUAUAUCUCUCCACUUUUCAGUGUCAGCAGCAGUAGAUUGGUCCCCACUGACCAGCUUUUCUUUGGGCUACUCUUCUUGCUCCCUCCCCUGAACUUCCUAACUGAAUCAAUAUUCCUAUUCUCUAUGACUGAACCAGUUGAGUGGAUCUGGAGAGGUGAACAAAAGAACACUUCAUAGCAUUACACCCCCAUAAACAACAUGCUGAAUGUUUCAUCUCAUCAAGUGUCUUGACAAGGUUUGUGAUGUACAUAAACUAUGAACUGCUGAAUUAAUACAAUUUCAGUGUAAAAAUGUGUAGACAGAAAGUAGCCAAAAUACACCUUUUGUUUAUGAAUGCAAGCCAAUGUUUGAAGCAGUAAAUGAAGACAUUUCAUUUAGCAAUCAAUUGUUAAAAGAAAUGUAGCUUUAGUAGGAUAGUGUUCAAAGAUGUUUGCUGGUAUUGACUUGGUAGCCUUUUUUUUUUUUUUAUAUGCAUAUGAUAUUAAAUGUAGAUUACUUCAUAAUUGAAAUAAAAUGUAGAACUCAGUUUUCAACCUAAUUACCAUGAUUAAUUGUUUCCAUAAGAAUCAGUGCAAAUAUUUUAAAUAUUUAUUUUGAUUGAUUUCUAAGUCAUGUGGUGUACUUUGUGAACUUUGACCCAUCACACCUUGUCAUCCUACUGCAGGUUUGGACUAGGAUGUAAUAAACUUUAUUUGUGAAGAAACAUCUAAUACAUGGACAACAACUUGAGUAUUUCAGUGUUUCAGUAAAAAUGUUCUAUUUGUCUAACUAAAUUUUAUUCUUUUAACUUGAUUUGUUUAAUGCAGUUAUUUCAGUAGAUAGUUUCAAUAGACAAUGCUAUACAGUUAGGUCUAAGUUUCAAUAGACAAUGUGUUACAGUGUUAGGUCUAAGUUUUUAUUUCUCUUGUCACUACACAUAAAAAUAAGAUCCUUCAUUCUUUUGAACAACGAACAUUAUAACUAAAUAGUUUUUGGUUCUGUUGAAUGACUCUAAAAGCAUAUUAACACAAAAUAGAGCAGUGCGAUUCAUAACAAACGAAUAUUCACAUUUGACUAGAGUAACACCUUUAGUAAAAUCGCUAAAUUUAGAAAGCCUUCAGGACAGAAGGCUCAAAAGUAAAUUAGCAAUAAUACAUAAAACACUGAACCAUAAUCUUCAAAUACAAAAACAAAAUUUAAUAAAAUACUCUGAAAGACACAAAGAUAAAGGCACAUUCCUCGUCCCAUAUGCUAGGACAAAUUUGUACAAAUACUCCUUCUUCCCUAGUGCUAUUAGAGCAUGGAAUGGGUUGCCUGAGCUAGCCAGGAAAACCAGUGACUUGGCAGAAUUUAAGUCAUUGGUUAAUAUGCAUGACUAAAUGCAUGACGCGUAGGACGUAAUCAUCUUCUUUUUUGAAGUAACGUCUGUAUUAUAUAAGAUAAGAUUAAAAAAAGGUUUUUGUUUUUAAAGAUAUGACAUGAUUGUUUUGGUCUGAGCCAAACUCAUGUAUCUUUUUUUUGCUAUUACUGUAGUGAAAUAUUAAUUUAAGUUGUGCAGUAACCUUUUCUUUUAUACCAUAACCAUUUCAGUGGGUUUUUGGGACUCAAGAUGUAUGUAGAGUUUGCCUUUAUGAUAUAGAAUGCAUUUACCAAAUGUCCUUUUGUUUGUAUGCUUGAAUUUAGAACAUUGUCUAGUUAUGUUGGUACAAGAACACUAAUUGUAGCUUAUAGUUACAAUCUAGAACAAAGUACUGAGUGAUAUUCCUGCCUAAUUUGUUUUUAUGUAUAAACAUAUGAACAGUUCAACAUUUAUGCAUUAAAGAAAUGAUUUAUUCAAAUUUA